ACUCUGUCCACAAUAAGUUUUGCAUACUAACAUGUGCAUGACGAUUUAUGUUUCUAACUUUGAAUAAACACACAACUUUAGGAGUGUGAUUGGCAGUUAACUUUCGCAGCAUUUACGACAAAAUGGAAACGAUGUGUUUGUUUUGAUCUAGAAAUCAAUGCCAAUGAACGGAUUAAGCAUCACUGACAACGACAGACACAAGAAGGUUACCAGUCCAGCCAUGGCGGAGAUUGCAAUGAGGGCCCUGCACGUGUCACCAAGACCGCGCGUGCGAUCUACGUCAAUGAAAAAGCCCAAAGUAAGACCGCCUGAGGACUUCGAGCUCGAUGAUAUGCGUCCUAGAACUAGCAGUUUGCCCUCUAAAAGUAACUUUAAAAAACCCAACCUUUUAGCAAUCAAAUCAGCGGGGAUCUUAUAUGAAGAUAGCGAACAUGAUUUGUACAGACUCAGAAGCUUUGAAAAGACAGCCAAAGGUUUGGUCAAUCGUGGGGACUCCCUGAUAUCAAGGAGUAAUAACAGUAUUUUUUCUUCGGAAAGUGAAUAUGGUGCUUUGUCCCAAACAUCGAGCUCAACGUCACAGACAAGUCUAACGGAGCAUCAGAAACCUUAUCGGAUCCUAAUGAUGGGAGCCCAGGGGGUGGGGAAAACAGCCUUAACACAACAGUUCAUGACCUCGGAAUACCUCGGUGGCUUUGAUACGAGUGUCGAUGGGGAGGAGGAGAAGACAGUGUCAGUAUUACUUAACGGUGAGGAGUCCGUGCUCUCCUUCAUCGAUCCGGAUACUGAAAAUGUAACACCAAGAUGUGCUCCAAACUGUUCCUGUAUCGAUGCUUAUGUGGUCGUCUACUGUAUCGAUGAUCGAUCAUCGUUUGAUCGGGCCGUCGAUAUUCUUUACAACCUACGGAAGGAGGAGCACUGCGACUCGGCGAUCAUUUUGGUGGCUAAUAAAUGUGAACUAGCGAGAUCCAGACUUAUCACAGCUGAAGAGGCGCAGGCAGUAGCUAAGACCUAUGAUUGUAAAUUCAUUGAGACAUCGACAGUUCUAAAUCACAACGUGGAUGAGCUUCUAGUGGGCAUCCUUAGUCAAGUCAAACUGAAAAUAAAACAGAACGAAAGAUCCCACAGUAGACUAGAACAUCUACAAGGAUGUGUCAACAAGAGCAAACAAAUACUGAACAAACUCUUCAAAAAAGAGGGAAACGCCAAAUCCUGUGAAAAUCUCUACGUUCUAUAGAUCUUUAGACCUUUCAUUUAACGAUUUUUAAAAACUGCGACGUAAAAUCAAAACUCCUGCAUAAAAAACCUGUAAUAAAGAAUUGUGGUUUUGAAGUACAUUAAGUAUGUUAAAAGGCCAGAUGGCGAAGUACUUUUCAUGCUAAAGAAUAGCUUCUAACUACACUUGAACUUGAACUAGAAAUAUCAAAUAUUGAAAAUGGAUGCAUGUGAAGAGAUGAUCAAGACAGUUACGGCCCGUCAUAUCCUGUUGAUAAACGUUGGCCUUCAGACAUUGAUGACAGCAUUACAGUUUUUAUGAAGACUUUAUCCUGUUAUUGAUAAGCGUUGUUAUUAUGAAAGAAGUUAAAGAUCUAAGUGAACGUUUAGUUCAGCCUUGUGACAGAUUCCUGAUAUUUGCAGACAUUAGGUGGAUUUGGUUCCUUUAUGUGUGUUUUAUGUUAUGACAUGUGUCUUUAAUUCUGUAAAUCAAAAAAAAAAAAACAUUCCAUUCCAGAACACAAUAUCUUAUGAUUUGAAAUACAUCCUAUUGCGUCUUUUCGACAUGAAUGGAGUUUUGGAUUGUACCUUUUAUUUGAAAACCGUCAUCGACUAGAUAUAGCUUUUCACUUUAUAAGAAGUACAAGUAAUAGACAUAAAACAUUGUCUAUCUUUCAUACGAACACAUUCUCAACUUACUGCCACAUGUUGCUUAUGUGUUUAAAAUGAAAUACUGCUUGUGCCGUGUACAACUGAUACACUGAUAAAGUAAAAUUACUCUUUUAUGGAAGUAUUUAGAUAUUAGACGGUGAUUAUUAAAGUAACUUCUUGUAAGUGAUAUUUUGUAUUGUUAGAGAGCAGACUAGGUCCCAGUCUCGUAAAAUCAUGUUAAGGAUGGUACUUCCUUAUUUAAAAAAAAAAACUCAUUCCGGGAGCAAUCUAAAGGUUAGAAAUUGUAUAGUUCUACCGCUAUAAAAUGACUUUGUAAAUAGAUAAAGGUUUUACAUGGAUUAUACUUUGAUGCCUAUUUAUUCUUGGUUGACUGUGUGACUGUAUCAUCAUACAUUAUAUGGACAUUUUUAUGUCUAUUCCUGGUAAACUAUGUGACUAUGUCACCAUACAUUGUAUAGUUAUUUUUUAUGACUUCCUGAUUGGCUAAGUAGCUAUAUUAUUAUACAUUGUAUGCUUGUUUGUAACUGCUAAACGUUUAUUGUGGUGGUCAAUACUUGUAUGUACAAUGUGCCUUUUUAAAGCAUAAGUUUAAUUCAUUAAAAAUCUAACUCAUUUAUUUCUCAUUCGAAAAAAAAAGACCAAAUAAAAGUUUGAAUGAAC